AUGUUGAGAGGUGGGCGUGGUGGCCGCCACAGUCCAGAGCUGUAUCCUCAUACUCUGAAGUGUUCCAACGCAAGUGACACCAGUUCAGCAUAUAGCGGUAGUGACACUAUGACAUCUGUUCAUAGCUCCUUAGACAUGGAUAUGGAGGUAGAUCUGUCUGGUCUCCUUGAGUCUAUAGUGGACUCUGAUGAAGAAGAAGAUUUAGAAGAAACUAUGGACAGUCUCACUGUUCGUGAUCCAGUCAGAGAAUGUCUCGAAAAAGAUCCCAGUGAAAGAACUGAAGAAGAUAUUGAGAUUCUUUUAGAAUUUACUCAACAUUUAAAAGCAUUUACAAAUAUGACACUUACUGUACGAAGAGCAUUAUGUGCUGUAAUGGUAUUUGCAGUUGUAGAGAAGGCAGAGACAAUUGUAAUGCAAGAUGGAGAGGAACAUGACUCCUGGUCAGUAUUAAUUAAUGGACAUGUUGGUAUUGAACAUCAAAAUGGAGAAGUUGAAUAUCUGAAUGUUGGUGACAGUUUUGGGAUGGCUGAGGCUACCCUUGAAAGGCUGUACCAUCGGGGUGUUAUGACUACUAGAUGCAAUGAUUGCCAAUUUGUGUGUGUUACUCAAACAGAUUACUACCGUAUUUUACACCAGGGAGAAGAAAAUAUAAAACGUCAUGAAAACGAAAAUGGAGUUGUGGUAUUGGUAACAGAGUAUAGGGGUGCUGCAGGUGAAUCUGGUCAUCAAGAUGGACAUGUAGUAAUAAGGGGAACCCCUGAACAUUUGAUGUUACAACUUAUUGAAGAUAAUUCACGUGACUCAACAUAUGUAGAAGAUUUUCUAUUGACUCACAGAACAUUCAUUGAAAAUCAUUUAGUAGUUGCCAAGCAAUUACUUGCCUGGUUCUCAGAACCAUCUGUACGUGAUAAGGUCACAAGGGUAGUGCUGUAUUGGGUGAACAACCAUUUUACUGAUUUUGAAACUGAUCCAAAUAUGAUGGAAUUCCUUGAGAAUUUUGAAUUGGCCUUGGAGCAUGAGAAAAUGGAAAGCCAACUGAGACUGUUAAAUAUAGCUUGUUCAGCUAAAGCUAGAACAAGAAGUGUUACUUUGUCACGCCCCACAAGAGAUGAGCCGCUUAAUUUUACUAUUCUAGGGGGAUAUGAAAGGGGUUAUGGUAUAUUUGUAUUAAAAGUUGAAAAACAUUCUAAGGCUGAGGAAGUGGGCUUGAAAAGAGGUGAUCAGAUACUAGAAGUUAACAGUCAAUCAUUUCAACAUGUGAGUCAUGCAAAAGCCAUGGAAAUUAUUACAGGAUCUACACAUCUAAGUAUAACAGUAAAAAGUAAUUUCUUAGCUUUCAAACAAAUGUUACUCAUGCCAGAAAAUUCUCCUAGACAGAGGGGAGGUACAAAUAUGGUCAGAUGGCAAACAGAUCCAAGAGCAAGACUUUCAACAGCAGAAUUACUUAGCGAUGAUCCCAUCACCCUGACCCCAAUUUUCCAAUCUCCAAUAAAGAAAACGCAACCAGAAAUAAAUGUUAAAAAAGAACCACAAAAAGGAUUUAUGACACUGGGUCCAAAAAGACUUCAUAAGGCUUUAAUGAAAAUGAAUAUUCUGCCAAAAAAUACCAUCACUGAUGGAUUUCACAAUGACGACAGCAUACUUUCCAAUACAGAUGCUUUAAACAAAGCAAACACAAGCACUUCAUUUUACAGUUCCCACAGUAAUCCAGAUCUUAUUUCAAUUUGUUAUGAUGAUUAUCAGUCAUCUGAUUACCCUGAACAUGUGCUAAAGGUGUAUAGAGCUGAUCAAACUUGUAAAUAUUUACCAGCUCAUAAAGAAACUACUGCCAGAGAAGUAGUAAUGCUUGCCUUGCGAGAAUUUGGUAUUACAGAGCCAAGUUCAAAUUUCUCCCUCUGUGAAGUUUCUGUUGCACAAGGAGGAAUAAUUAAACAGCAUAGGCUACCUGAUCAGUUACAAAACCUUGCAGAAAGAAUCGGAUUAAGCUCUAGAUAUUAUUUGAAAACAAAUGGUAUUAGUGAAACUUUGGUACCUGAUGAAAUGGCUCCGGAAUUACUCAGAGAGAGUGUUGUACACUUCUUGCAACUGAAUGCUGUGGAAGUCGCUGUCCAAUUGACAUUACAAGAUUUUUACAUAUUUCGACAAAUAGAGAGUACUGAGUAUGUGGACGAUUUGUUUGAACUAAAAAGUAGAUAUGGUACACCCAUGCUAUCACAAUUUGCAGGUUUGGUAAAUAAAGAAAUGUUUUGGGUCGUAACAGAAGUGGUUAAUGAGCAAAAUCUCGUCAGAAGGUCUAGAAUCAUAAAACAAUUUAUAAAAGUUGCAAGGCAUUGCAAAGAGUGUAAAAACUACAAUUCUAUGUUUGCUAUAAUUUCAGGGUUAGGUCACGGUGCAGUUUCUAGACUUAGAAUGACCUGGGACAAAUUACCUACAAAAUACAUUAAACUGUUUACUGAUUUACAAUCAUUUAUGGACCCCUCUAGGAAUAUGUCCAAGUACAGACAAUUAAUUACAGCUGAACAAGGCAGAUCACCUGUCAUUCCCUUUUAUCCUGUAGUCAGGAAAGAUCUGACAUUUAUUCAUCUUGGAAAUGACACGAAAGUGGAAGGUAUGGUAAAUUUUGAAAAAUUGCGCAUGAUAGCCAAAGAGGUAAAGACACUCACUAAUAUGUGUAGUGCUCCAUACGACUUGCUAACAUUACUGGAAUCCGGUAAACAACCUCCUUCCAAUGCUAUGGUGGCAUUGAACCAAUUAACAACUGGAGUUCAACAAGGCCAAGUUACAGUAAAAAGAAGAAAGAAGUCCUCCAAUGUGCCAAAUCCAAAAAAGAUGUUUGAGGAAGCCCAAAUGGUUCGCCGGGUAAAAGCAUACUUAAAUCGCAUGCAUGUGGAAACUGACGAGGAAAGACUUCACGCUCUGUCUUUAGAAUGUGAAGGUUCAGGUCCGGCACCUUCCCUGCCACGCCGUCGGCACCCAUCACCAUCUCUCUCUACUACGAGCAGUGCAUCGUCGGCCAGUGAAAGUAAAAAAGGCUUCGCAGGAAAUAAAUUUGGAGCAGCCUCACCUCAAGCCGUGAGAAAGUUAUUGGCUCUAUCCGAACCUGCCAAAACCCGUCCACACCAGCCGAGACCUCCGCCACCCCCAGGACCUUCCCCGUGCUCUCAUAGAAGAGACGGAACCGUGGCGGGAAUUUGUUGUUCCCGCGCCGCACACGAGAGAUCGCACUCGGACACGCCUACGCCGCUGCCCGUUGAUUUAUCAGCGGAAAGUAGCAGUGUGACGUCUUUAAUAAACUUGCCAUUAAGAAAAACGGGAUCGGCCACUUCGAGCGACAGCGGGCACGGGUCGUGCACGACGGCGAACUGCGUUCGGCCGAUACCUCCUCCGCGAAUGCCUUACACGCUCGCCGCUCAAGUGGCUCGCAUCGAUCGCCUGAACCGAGCUCAUUCGCACGAAGGUGUCACUCGUUCUUACGAUUACUAUCACGACGCGCCAGAUGACGAAGACGACGAUCAACAAGUUUCUGCAGUGUAA